CAAGGCGUUCUGGGUGCAAACAGUUGAUGAAUGCGGGCCUCUGCGGGCGCGCCAGGAAGGCACUGGAGGCUUGCAUACAUGUCAACGACAGGCCAAACCUGGCAAUUUGACUCAUCGAAACACUCAAGAGUCUAAUUUCCGGAAAGGUGCAAGAGAUGUUCCAAUGAGGCCCAUACAUUUUUUUGUAUGCCUUUUUAUGGUGCCGCUAAUAGCAGCGACGCUCGACUUUCAGGAAGGCUGGCUGGUGGAGCCCAUGCGGAGAUUGGAUGAUGAGAUCAUCGACCCUUUUCAUGAGCGAACCGUGAUCCCCGCCAGAUCGGUUUCAAAAUAUGAGGACGACUCAGAGGGUCUAACAGAGUACGCACCAAUCCACAGCAGUAUUCUUCAAAGUGAAAUUCAGUACUACUCGUUCAGUGUCAACUCCUCAACAGGUUUAGGAGAAUACUACGAGUACUUGGUUUUCAUGACCGGGAACAUCUGCCUGCAGCCGGACAAUCUCAACUCAAGUGACAAUGACAGUCUAGUAGUAUACUACUCCUUUAACUCGCUGAUUUUGACCAACUUGGAGGAUUCUCUGAUGGGUAAGUUCGAAUAUGGAUAUUUCCAGGCGUUGGCCGAAGUCUCCGUCAGCUCCACAAGCUCCGUACUAUACAUUGUCGUACAAGCGCCGCAAAGCACUAAUCUAACCGACACGUGGUCGUACGAAAUCGGCGUCUCCCAAAACGAUUUGGUGCACCAAUGGGACUCCCGACUGUUUGUGGAGAUAGUCGAUACGGAUGAUCACAGUGCGCUCAUAGUGACGGGAAACUUGACUCUGAUCUCCAGCAAUCACAACGUGUCGCAGUACAAUUCGUCCUUAUCCAACUACGAGCUUUUGGUGUUUCAAAACGAACACAUCGACUACUUUGCCACUCUCAACGAGAGUUGGUGUGCAGUCCGGAAUGGGCCUUCUUUGAUGCUGACAGGAGACUACGUGACAUCUUACACUACACGUGGAGGGAGCUUGCGCCAGCAAUUUUAUGUGCCAGGUCUCAACUCCAGCACGCAGUACAUCGGAUAUCUCCUAUAUGACUCGAACGAUCUGACGGGCUCUCCUCAUGGCGGAGUCUUGUACUCACAUUUCGAGUUCGAAACAAUGAGUGAUGACGCGUGUGCUUUGGUCUAUGAUUUGGAUUUCUGUGAUGAGGUCGCGUACUCCGUGCCGGCGCUGUCGGUUGCGGAGUACAACUCCGCGGAUGCAUUGAAAACGCUUUAUGACGACCAGGCCCGGAGCUUGUUCAGCAACUUUUCAAAGGGUCUUCAGCAGAUUGCAUGCAACACUACCAAAGACGCCAUAUUCACACCUCUAGGGUCGUGUGAGACGUGCAGCGAGCUGUACAAAAACUGGCUUUGUUCCGUGACGAUUCCACGCUGUUCCACAAGAAAUAUAACGGGCUAUCUACAUCGCGAGGCCAACGCGUCACGCAGCACUUUUAUAGACGAGACCGUUAUUCCCGUGACCGACUACUAUGAAGUGCUUCCGUGUGUGAACGUGUGCCAGAUCAUGACACGUGACUGUCCCGCUGAGUUUGGUUUUGCCUGCCCGCAGUCAAACGCCUCGAUUAAGCUUUCUUAUUAUUGGGAUGAUGGCGGCGACUACGCAACAUGCAACUUUGUGGGGGACUGUUCAGCUGUGACGAGCUCGGCCUUUAUAGUGCAAGUGGCGUGGAAACUUCUUCUUGUCAGCAUAGCGUUUAUCACUAUGUCUGUUUAAUGCCAAGAACGAGUGUUGUUUCGAAGGCUCCCGGACAGCCCUAGUCUUGUAUUAGGAACUUAGGAGAAAGGAGGCUGGAUUUCACUCGUUGCGUUAAUAGCGGAUGUUUUGAAAAGAGGCUUUGAGUACUUUUUCCUUCUCUCAUCGGAUGGGGCCAAUAAUUUCAUAGCAGAUCCCCCCCCCCCCACUGUACUUUUGGAACUCGCAGAGCGAAUCGUGCCAGCUACCGGGCUCUAUUGUGGUUCAAACACAAGUGACUUUAAGCGACUACAGAUCCAAGACGCAUCUUCGCUGUGUUUGUUUAUUUAAAUAAGUCUAUAGUAGAAGUGAAACCACUCCACUCUAUUUUUUUGGCGGAGUCCCCAAGCCAUUGAUGUUUCUGUACAUCAUGACUCCAUUAUCGCCCUCGACAAACU